AUGUCCUUAUCUCGGAACAGGAGACUUCACAGUCUGAAAUGUGGACCAUCCAAUUCAAUUACAUGUUUUAAUGGAGGUGAGUGUGUCUACAGAGAGCUGUGCAACUGCAGUCGAUUCAACGCAACUGGACCGAGAUGCCAGACAGUGUAUAACACAGGUGCUGAAAGAGAUCAUAUAUGCAGAACAUGGGGCCAGUAUAAUUUUGAAACUUUUGAUGGACUCUAUUAUUAUUUUUCUGGGAAAUCUACAUAUGUGCUUGUGAGACAUGCUGAAGUAGAUGAGCAGAGCUUUUCUAUACAGGUGAAUAAUGAUCCUGAAUGCCAUUCUUCUCCUUAUUCCUGCAAAAGGUCAAUUAGUUUAUUCUUUUCUGGAGAUGAACAGAUAAAGAUCAGCAGUGAAGUCACCUAUAAAGGCUUUGGAGUAAAAUUACCUUAUAUUAUUGGAAACUUACACAUCCAGAAACUGGCUGGAUACUUCCUAGUCAGGCACCAGUAUGCCUUUACUCUGGCAUGGGAUGGUAUAUCUGCAGUGUAUAUCAAAAUGGCACCAGAGUACCUGGGCAAAACGCACGGACUGUGUGGAAACAAUAAUGCUAUUCUGCAGGAUGAUCUUGAAACUAGUUAUGGAAAACUGACAGAUGAUGUAACUGAAUUUGUAGAGAGUUGGCAGGAAAAUCCUCCACAAGGAACACCCAGCUGGGAUAAAUCUCUUCUCAAUGAGCCACCGUGCCUGACACAAACCCAUGAAUCUCUACAGAGGACAUAUGCUCUGUGUAAUAUCCUGUUACAUCCCCCAUUCAAACAAUGUCAUGACUAUGUGAGUCCUCUUUCUUUUAUGGCAAGCUGCACAAAUGAUCUUUGCAUGUCAGCAGCUGAUAAUGCAACUUGGUGUCGAGCACUAACUGAGUACGCCAGAGCAUGUGCCCAAGCAGGAAAGCCACUUCAUGGAUGGCGUGUGCACUUUGAGCAGUGUGUCAUUACCUGUGCUGAACCCUUGACCUACAAUGAAUGCAUCAACUGCUGCCCUGUUUCAUGCCACCAGCAAUCUCAGUGUAUUAACAGUGAGCUUCCCUGUGUUGAUGGAUGCUACUGUCCAGAUGGCUUAAUUUAUGAAAAUGAAUUGUGUGUCAAACCUAUGGACUGUCCUUGUGACUACCAUGGGAGUUUCUUUGAAAUGGGUUCGGUGGUUUAUGAGGAAUGUAAUAACUGCACCUGCAUUGGAGGAAAGUGGGUCUGUACAAAUCUUACAUGCCCAGCUGAAUGCUCGGUUUCAGGAGACACUCAUUUCAUGACCUUUGAUGGGCGCAAAUACACUUUCCAAGCUACCUGCCAGUAUAUUCUAGCCAAGAGCCGUACAUCUGGAGCAUUUACCAUAUCCUUGCAAAAUGCUCCUUGUGGACAGAACCAGGAUGGAUCAUGUAUCCAAUCAGUCAGCCUUAUUCUUAAGCAGGAUCCCAAGAGGCAAGUGACUCUGACUCAUUCAGGAGAUGUUUUGAUAUAUGACCAAUACAAAAUUAACCUACCUUAUGCAGAUGAAUUAUUUGAAAUACGGAAACUCUCCUCUGUAUUUCUGCAAGUAAAGACACACAUUGGAUUACAGAUCCUGUACGACAGAGAAGGACUGAGGCUUUACCUUCAAGUGGAUGAACGGUGGAAGGACGAUACCACGGGCCUUUGUGGAACCUUCAAUGGGAAUACAGAGGAUGAUUUUUUAUCUCCAGUUGGAGUAACUGAAAGCACUCCAGAGCUGUUUGGAAACACAUGGAAGACUUCAUCGGCGUGCACUGUUGUGCAUGAUAGUUCACAAAUGGAUCCCUGUGAUAUUCAUCUGCAGGCAGCCUCUUAUGCAGCGGAAGCUUGUAGCAUCCUUACGAAAGAUCUUUUUGCUCCAUGCUACCCCUAUUUGAGUCCUGUUCCCUAUUUUGAGCAGUGCAGAAGAGACACUUGCAAAUGUGGACAGACUUGUUUUUGCUCUGCUCUGGCCCAUUACGCUCAUCAUUGCCGAAGGUUUGGAGUUGUAAUAGAUUUCAGAGGAGCUGUCCCAGAUUGUGCUCUUUCAUGUGAAGAUACAAAGGAGUACAGUACUUGUGUAUCUACCUGUGGCAGAACCUGCCAAGCACUGUCCGUGCCAGAGACAUGCAGCAGUGAUUGUGUUGAAGGCUGUGCUUGUCCCUCUGGAAUGUAUUUGAAUUCCAAGACUGAACAAUGUGUACAGAGAAAUGAAUGCCCAUGUUAUUUUCAAGGGAUUGAUUAUCCCGCUGGACAAAAUGUUAUGACAUCUUUAGGGAAAUGCCAUUGCAGUGAUGGAGUAAUGAAUUGUGAUAACAACAUAAUAGCACACAAUUGCCCAGCUGGACAAAUUUAUAUUAACUGCACGAGUAAUCCACAAGUUGAUCCUGAACUCAGCAGAGAGAGAACUUGUGAAAAUCAGCUGCUAAACCUCACUUUCUCAGCACACCUUCCUUGUGUGUCAGGUUGUGUCUGCCCCCCAGGUCUUGUUAAACAUGGAGAUGUGUGCUUGAAUGCAGAUGAAUGUCCAUGUUCGUGGAAAGGAAAGGAAUAUUUUCCGGGUGACAAAGUAAUUUCUUCCUGUCAUACCUGCAUUUGCCAGCACGGAUCAUUUCAGUGCACCUUCCAUCCUUGCCCAUCAAUGUGUACUGCGUAUGGGGACCGGCAUUACAGGACGUUUGAUGGACUAACUUUUGACUUUGUUGGAACUUGUAAGGUUUACCUAGUUAAGAGUACUUCUGCAACCAGUCUUUCUGUUAUAAUAGAGAAUAUUGACUGCUUUAGUACUGGAAUCAUUUGCAGAAAAAACAUUUUCAUUAACGUUGGAAAAUCUUUUUUAGUAUUUGAUGAUGAAACAGGAAAUCCAAGCUUAUCUAGUUACAUAGACGACCUACAGAAAAUGCAGUUAUGGAAAGCUGGAUUUUUCACUGUUGUUCAUUUCCCUGAUGAACAUAUCACCAUUCUUUGGGAUCAGAGAACAACCGUUCAUGUCCAGAUGGGUCAUCAGUGGCAGGGUGAAUUGACUGGAUUAUGUGGAAAUUUUGAUUUGAAGACAGUAAAUGAAUUGAGGACUCCAGAUAAUUUUGAAUUAACAAACUCACAAGAGUUUGGAAACAGCUGGACAGCUGUAGAGUGUGUUGACAGCUCUGAUAUUCGAAAUCCAUGCAGUUUGAAUCCCCUUAGAGAGCCAUUUGCCAAGAAGGAGUGUGGAAUACUAUUAAGUGAAGCAUUUGAAGCUUGCCAUCCAGUGAUCGACGUCACCUGGUUUUAUUCCAACUGCUUGACAGAUACAUGUGGUUGUAACCAAGGAGGUGACUGUGAGUGUUUCUGUACAAGUGUAUCAGCAUAUGCCCAUCAGUGCUGCCAGCAUGGAGUUGCAGUAGACUGGAGGUCUCCUAGAGUGUGUCCAUAUGAUUGUGAAUAUUUCAACAAAG